AUGACUUCGUAUACUACAUAUUUGACUAAAGAGCAACAAGAUGAACUGCGUCAAAUCGCUAACCAAAUUGUCACGCCUGGUAAAGGCAUUUUAGCAGCCGAUGAGAGCACUGGAAGUAUGGACAAAAAAUUAAAACCUAUUGGACUUGAGAAUGUGGAGGAAAAUCGACGUCUGUACCGUCAACUGCUUUUCACAUCAGGCGAUGAAAUGAGCAAAUAUAUCUCCGGUGUUAUUAUGUUCCAUGAAACAUUCUAUCAAAAAGGAGAUGACGGUACACCGUUCGUUGAAAUCCUUAAGAAGAAGGGCAUUCUUCCUGGCAUUAAAGUCGAUAAGGGUGUUAUUCCAAUGGCUGGUACAGUGGGUGAGGGAACUACACAAGGCUUGGAUGAUUUAAAUAAUCGAUGCGCUCAGUACAAGAAGGAUGGUGCGCAAUUUGCAAAAUGGCGUUGUGUUCAUAAAAUCGGUGCUACCACACCAAGUCAUAUGGCUUUAGUAGAAAUAGCCGAGGUGUUAGCCCGUUAUGCUUCAAUUUGUCAGCAGCACGGUCUGGUUCCUAUUGUUGAACCAGAAACAUUACCUGAUGGUGAACAUGACCUUGAACGAUGUCAAAAAGUCACGGAACUUGUUCUGUCAUACACCUACAAAGCAUUAAUCGAUCACCAUGUUUAUUUGGAAGGAACAUUACUGAAACCUAAUAUGUGCAUGCCUGGGAUGCAAUUCAAAGGCACAUGCUCCCAUGAAGAUAUUGCACGGGCUACCGUUACCGCUCUUCAACGAACGGUCCCAGUAGCUGUUCCGGGUGUUGUUUUUCUUUCUGGGGGUCAGUCAGAAGAAGAUGCAACACUUAAUUUAAAUGCUAUUAAUCAGUAUCAGGGUAAAAAGCCGUGGGCUUUAACUUUCAGUUACGGUCGGGCUUUACAAGCGUCAGCUCUUGCAGCUUGGGGUGGUAAAGCGGAAAAUAUUCAAGCAGCCAAGCAAGCAUUCCUUAAACGUGCAGAAGCAAAUUCGCUAGCACAGUUGGGUAAAUAUGUUGGAAGUGCAGGCUCUGGUGCAGCAUCGCAAAAUCUUUAUGUCGCUAAUCAUGCAUAUUGA